AGAAAACAAUUAUACUCCUAUAUCAAAUUCUACAUUUUGAAGUUGAUAGAUAUAACGAACUCUCAUUAUGAGACUCGUAACUUCAAUUGUUACUAAUAUUCACUCUUAAUCACUUGAAGUCUCCAAAACUCUAAAACAUUCAAAAUAAUCUCUACUUUCUAAUCAAAUUUCAAAAUCAACUUCAUAAACUUAUCAAAUAUGACUUGAGACAACUAUCGGGAGGGUUAAAAUGAUGAUUUUCUAACAUUUCCAAAAAUGACACUUUAGAAUCAUUACAACUAAUUAUUAUUUUUAUGUAGAUAAUUAUCAUAUCAAUUGGUACAUAAUUAUUCCUUGUUGACUUUUAAUUUAAUUUAAACACGUCUGGACUUUAGUUGUUAUUAAAUAUAGGGAAAAAGAAUAAAUAUAUUUCUAAAAUAUCAUAAAUGAUUUGUUAAUACCGCUUACGUUAUACUUUAAGAUUGUAUAUACCCUUACCAUCAAUAUUUUGGAUCGUCUGUACCCUUAAGACUAACAGAUGACACAUGACAUCAUCUAAAUAAUUUACCUGAUUUUAUUUUUUAUUUUUUAUCCAAAAAAUUGAAAACCCGCUCAUUUUUCAUAACAACCUUGAAAAUAUUAAAGUACAAAACACCCAAUAACCUAGAUUCCUACUAAGCUAAAUGAGGUCUCUUAAAUUUGAGGGCCUAAUACACAUGUCUUUUUUUUAUAACACUGUCAUGCCAUCCCUGGUGAAUUAUAUGGGAGAUGUCAAUAAAGUUUCUACCAUCUUCAACAGAAGAGAAAAUAGGAUCGAUGUUAAUUCCAACUUCUAUUACAAAGAAGAAUUCAAAAAAAACAAUUGAACAUUGUGAAAAGUCAUGGAAUAUAUAGAAUGAAAGCAAGUUUGAUGCACAAUUAUUUUACUAGUCCUUGAGUAGGAGCUUCAACUGUGACAGCCAUCAUACUCCUCAUAUCAUCACUAUACAGACUAUACUAGCUUUCACAAGUUUCGUUAAGUAAAUAAUAAUGGUCUUAAUUGUACUGUUGAUGAGCUUAAUCAGGAUUGUCACAACAAGUUUGGAGGCCUAAAGCCAACAUUAUGUUUAGACUUUUUGCAUCGGAAAAAAAAAGAGAGGUGGAAGGUACGGGAAAAAAUUGUGUUUAGACGUUUUGCCAUUUGAAAUUUUCAAGUCAGCAAAAUAAAUUUAUAUUAUGUGAUUUUUCUAAUGACGUGUCAUUUGUUAGUUUUGAGAGGUAAAAGUGAGUCACUAAUCUAUAAUAUUUUUACCCUAAAAUUAAACAAAGGAUAUAUUUGAUCUAUUUUCAAUAAUUGAAGGAUACUUUUAACCCUUUGGCCUUUUUCGAAUAUUAAAAAAUGGAUAAGAAACUCAUUCAUUGUCCAAAACAAAUAACAUAUUUAUGUAUCGUACCAAACGCACCCUAAAAGUGUCCUUAAUAAAAAACAUUGAUGUCAAAUUCUUAGAAUAAGUGGUGGCUUCAAGACAAACUUAAAAGUGGUAUUCUAUGAUAUGUUUUCUUAAAUAUAAAUGUCAUUACACUUUAUUCUAUGACACUAAAGUUUUAUAUUAUAUGACACUUUUCUCAAAAGGAACUUUAUUUCAUGUUAGUAAUAUAGACAGGCUUGCAAAUCACCCAAAGGAAAAUCUAUAUAUAAUUUUAUUUUCUCCAUCUCUCAUCCUUCACCUUCAUAAAAGUUGAGCAAAGAAGAAUUUUAAGAAGAAACUCAACUACACUCCAACAAGUCCAUUUUCAAUUUAUAAAUGAAAGAAAUUAGAGUUGAAGAAAGAAGGAUGACACACUCCAUUGAGAUCACCUCAAUAGAAAACCAAAUUCUAUUGCUUUCUUCAAACCAAACAAGAUAAGGAAUUAGAGUUGAAGAAAAAAGGGAUGGCACACAUUAUUGAGAUGACUUCAAUUGAUGACCAAAUUCCACUGCUUCCUCAAAGUGAAAACGAUGAGAUAGAAGAAGGGAGGGAAGUGGAUCAGUUAAUCGAUAUAAAGGAAACAAAUGGUCAUGAUCUAUUAGGGUCACAAACAAAGAAAUCUAUAAAUCAAAUCUUUGAUGAAAUGUUUGAGGAUUUAGACAAUUCGUCUAUUAAAUCUUGUACCAUAUUCAAAGUAAUCGUAGGGCUAAGUGAGUCAAAUCCAGAUGCUUAUACACCAAAGAUGAUCUCUAUUGGUCCUUACCAUAAGAAAAAUCCUCAACUUCGUCCAAUGGAAAAGUACAAACUACUAUACCUACGACGGUUUCUUCAACGAAAAGAGGGGCUUGAUGUGGAAAGUUGCAUUAAUGAAUUGAAACAACUGGAGGAGGAAGCAAUAAAGUGUUAUGAAGAUAUAGAAGACCUUGGUAAUAAUAACCAAAUUUGUCAAAUGUUAUUGCUUGAUGGUUGUUUUGUGGUUGAGUUUAUUCGAGAGUGUUGUAAAAUAUAUCCAGAAGAAGAAGAAGAAAUUAUUGAUGUUCAUGAUUGUUACAUAUUUCGAGAUUUGAUGUUACUAGAAAAUCAACUUCCUUUCUUUGUCCUCGACAAGCUUCAUGGCAUGACAAAGCAAGAUGAUGAAUUACCAUUGGCAAUACAGGUGAAUAGUGUGUUUACCCAUUAUGUUAACUGGCCAAAAAUGACCCUUGAAUCCUUUGAAGAGAUAGAAUAUGAUGCAGAAAAUAUCAAACAUUUACUUCAUGUAGUACACAUAUUUUCAUGUCAUGGGACUCCAAUGGAAAACUCAAAAGAUUGCACAACAUGUCAUAAGGUCAUGCCAAAUGCAACAGAGCUUUUCGAAGCUGGAGUUACCUUCGUUAAGGUAGAUAAACUUGGCGAUAACACAAAUUUAUUUAAUAGUAUAAAGUUCGAGAAUGGAUUGAUGAAAAUCCCUAGUUUUCAAGUCGAAGAUGAUACAGAAAUCCUCCUACGAAAUCUCAUUGCUUAUGAGCAACUAUCAUAUGAUGUGAUGCCAAAAUAUUUCAGUGAUUUUGCAACUUUCAUGGAUUAUCUUAUCGACUCGGACAAAGAUGUGACUUUACUUCGCCAAAAAGGAAUCAUAGAGAACUGGAUAGGAGAGGACAACGAGGUGGCUAGCCUCUUCAACAAAAUCGGAAAUGGAGUUUUUAUCUAUUCCGAAUUCUAUUUCAAAGAAGAAUGCAUAAAAGCAAUUGAACAUUGUAAAAAACCAUGGAAUAGAAUGAAGGCAAAUUUGAAGCACAAUUAUUUUAGUAAUCCUUGGGUAGGAGCUUCAACUGUGGCAGCCAUCAUACUCCUCAUACUCACAGCUAUACAGACUAUACUAGCUUUCACAGGUCCCGUUAAGAAGUAAUUCUCAUGAUUGUCUCAAUUGUAAUUUUGCAAGUGUACAUGUUGAUGAGCUUAUGUGUUUUUCAUGUCCCCCUUUUGUACUGAGUUCUAAUAGUUGAAUGCUAAUUUAGUUUAUUUCAAGUA